GUGGUAUACUUUCUUUCUCCAGGACGUGGAGGUUCUUCCGGAGGGAAGUUUCGUAUCUCCCUGGGUCUCCCAGUUGGUGCAGUAAUCAACUGUGCGGACAAUACAGGUGCCAAAAACCUUUACAUUAUUGCUGUCAAGGGAAUCAAGGGUCGCCUGAACAGAUUACCAGCUGCAGGGUCGGGAGAUAUGGUAUUAGCUACAGUCAAAAAGGGAAAACCAGAGCUCAGGAAAAAAGGUGAGAAAAUUGUAAGGAUUCCCUAUGUUGAUGGAUUUAGUAUUUUGCUGUGCAUGUAAUUUGCAUUGACAACUCCUAUGACUAAGUGAAGCAACAUGCAAAAUUUGUUCUUUAUCUUACCCUUUUAUUUUUCAAACUACGGCUCAAACUUAUAAUAGGAAUAACCAAAGGUUAGGGAGUACAGGUGAGAUUGAUCAAAGGUCAAGUCACUCUUGCUCCACUGCUGUGCUUUCAAUAGCUUUCAUGUGAUAGAAGUUUAAAAUGUAUGUCACCAGGUAGUGUUCUAUGGAUCCCAUUUAUUCUUUGUGGGAGUCUGGUUGAAUACUGGGUACAUACUUGCCGUGCAUACAUAACAGCAACCAGGGCCCAGUUGUUCGAGUGCUGAUUAAAGCUAGCCCGGGGUUAAAUUUUAAUCCCAGUUAAUUUUUCUUUUGUUCAAAGGCAUUUUCUCAGAUAAUUUUCUCUAUUCAUUUGAGAGCAUCCAGUCAUCAGAUAGUAGAGAAAAAGAAUUAAACUGCAUUUGCUUUUUAAUCUUUCAUAUCUGAAUUCAAAUUUCGUACUAACCCUGGGUUAUCCUAACCCAGCUUUGAACAACCCUGCCCUGGAGAUUAGACUUGCAGGCUCCUCUUGCCAUCCACAAUAGGCCAUUUUUCCAAUUACAACAUUUUACUACAGUGAGCAGAAUUCAUUUUGUUUUUGCUUUCCUAUUGAAAUUCAUCUAUCCCGCUGAGAUUCUUCUAACAAUUUCCAAAGUGAAAUUUCACAAAUAUCCUGAAUUUUUUUUGUGAAAUCCUAAAAAAUGGAAGAAAGCCCUUCAUGUGUGCAAAAGUUCUACCAAAGGGAUUCCAUUCGAGUGGUAACAUCAUCAAGGAUUUUGUCAACAAAUUGAAAAGUUAGAAUGACAAUUAACAUUGCACCAUAACUUUGUCUUAGCUCUUAAAGUAAUAUUAUUGAUUUUUUGUCAAAUUUCUUGCCAUUUUUUAUGUUUAGUGAUGCCUGCAGUGGUGAUUAGACAACGGAAGGCAUUCAGAAGAAAGAAUGGCAUGUUUAUUUACUUUGAGGGUGAGUUCAAGGAUUCAAGUCUAUUUUCGUUAUUCGCUAAUUAAAGAAUGUACAGCUGUAGCACACAGUCCUCUUUAAUUUCAAGGUAGCAUUCUCCUUCUUUUUUUGAAGUUGUAGCUUGCAUUUUUGUUGUUAUCAGCCUCUUAAACUUCAGCUUUGUGCAGGCAAUGGAAAUGCUGACAAUUUAGCAGACUGAAAGAAGUGUGUGCUGGGCAAGAACUACCAGGCCCUGGGUUAGCGAGUAACUAACACAAUCAAACCUAAAAAGACCAAAGAAAGAUUUUUGACUCCAGUAUUUGUUUGGAGCAAAAUGUUUUCCUACUACAAUACAAUGCAAUAUUCUUUAUUCAACGAAGGUGACGUAAUAACCCAAUGAGUUGUCUAACUUAUGGCCCUCACAAAAAUACAAAGUACACAUAUAAAAACAAUGCCUAAUCAGUAAUAUACGACUACAACAAGAGAAAAAAUAGAACUAGACAAAUGUAUGGUUUAACAUCGAUAUAAGAUGAUAUAAACUAAUUACCUUCUAAUCCAGUUACAAUAAAGAGAAAAACGUAAAACACAUUAAUUCUUCAAGAUGAGAAAUGUUACUUGCAAACUUAAGGAAUAAGAUAGAGAGUUUAUGCUGAAAAUUAUUUAAUCUAGGUGAAAAAAUAAUAGAAGAAGGAGAUACACAUGCUACAGUUUGUUGUUCAAGUGUUGUGUACAACUUCUUACAUUCUUCUUUAUGAUCUUCUUCUCCUUGUUGCAGACAAUGCAGGUGUCAUAGUGAACAAUAAGGGUGAAAUGAAAGGUAAGAUACGGCUAUUUCCUUGCUGCUGAUGAGGUCAAUCUGUGGAUGAGUGUAAGCAGUGAUUUUGUUACAAUUUGCUAAUAGUGAGUCCGGGGAAUCGUCUCACGAAAACCAGUCCAGAAUCGAAUGAGUCCCAGUUCAAAAUCUAAUGAGGCAUUACUAUGGUAAAAGAUGCCAGAACUCUAAUGAAACUAGACAAUCACAUUUAAUCUGUAGUCUACUGUUAAUAGCAAAGCACUUAUCUCUGUAAUACAUUACCGUGGCGUUGACUCCCAAAGGACACAAGCUGUCAGUUAUUCUGCAUCCUCGAGAAUUUUUUUGCGUCAGGGACACUUUACGCAGGGGUAACAAAAUCACUGGUGUAGGUUAUUAAAAGAGUUGAACGUAAAGCAAUUUGUCUCGUAGGGGAUGUGUAAUUCGACCCAAAAAGGGUGCUGAUAGUAGUAAAAAUUAAUAUUAUUCCUUGAAAAUAUUUCUCAGUUUUGCAUUGGGCUAAGUUCCCUAGCUUAUUCUUCCUAGCCAGCCAGCAAUGAGCAAAUAAUGAAGAUGUUGUUAUUUUCCUGUUAACUUCAAUGGUAAAAGAGUUAACUGAAAUAAUUGUACGCACUGACUGUCGCACAUAAAGACACAGUGCAGCAACCCAGCAGUUUUGAGAGAAAAUGGCGGAAUAGUUUACACAUCACAUGAGGAUAGAAUAUCCAAAACACAACAAGAACACGUACACAUACAUGUACUGUACCAACAGUGCCACUUGAUUGAUGAUUGCUUUCCGGAAUAAUCCUUUCUUGCAACAAAAAACAUACAUUCAUAUCCUGAGACUGCUAAAGAGCAGCCAAAUGUUCUUAAGAUGGGAAUUCUUACAUGUACAUGUACCGCUGUAUAUGUAGGUGUGCCUACAUGUUUGUGUUAAGUGGGAGCAUAUGUUGUAGGUAAAAUUGAUUUAAGGUGAAACCAUAGUUCAGCCUAGUUUGAUAUUCACAAUUUUCUAUGUCCUAGCCCUAACUAUUCAUAGGAGACAAAAGAAAUUCUGGUUUAGUCUAAGAACACAUUUUACAUACAUGCACAACACAUACAUCUACACCAUAUUUUGAUGUUAAUGAAGCUGGCCAAGCCAUGUCUUUUAUUCAUAACUUUAUGUGCAUGUAUAUGAAACUACAAAAUUUUGGUGGUCGAGCAAAUUUUGACAGAUGAAGAUUAUUGCAACUUUUUUCCUCUGGAGUUUAAUGGUGGCAUAUCAGUCCACAAGGUCUCAGUCAUUAUUUUCUAUCGGCAUGGCUAUGCUUUAGACAAAUAGACUACAAGUAGUUCCCAUUUUUCCUUAGGGAUAGUAAAGCGAGCAAAAUGCAAGCGCGUGUGAAAAUCAUCCCAUGCAAGAGAGGCAAGCUGUUUCGCUUGCUCUACAAUCCCUGAGAAAAAAUGUGGACUACCCGUAGUCUAUUAUAAAAAAAGCCAUGAGGAAAAUACACUUGUACUGAUGGUUUUUGAUUAUUUUCUGUAGGUUCUGCCAUCACUGGCCCUGUAGCAAAAGAGUGUGCUGACCUGUGGCCAAGAAUUGCUUCCAAUGCUGGUAGCAUUCAAUGA